AAUUGCUAAAAAAAAUCGACGAAAAAGAAAAUGGAUUCGAGAAAGAAGACGGGAAGAGGCAACGACGACGAACAGGAACAAAUCGAGCAACUGUUACAAGCAGCUCAAGACGAUCUGAUGCUCAAAUUGAGCCUCGAUUCUCACAUGUCUCGUGUUUCCCCUAACUAUCUCGAUUCCGAUCUCGAUCGCCGUUUCCAAGCCCUAAGAUCUCGUCCUCCUCGCUCUUCUCACCCGCAUAUUCAGUCCGAUUCCUCGUUCCAACCGCCGCCGCCGAUUGAAAAUCUCGUCGUCGAUGGCGAAUCUCAGUCGAUUCUCGGCGACGAUCUUGCUGCUAGAUUCGCUGCUCUGAAGGCGUCUUUGCCUUCCUCGGCUGCUCCGCUUUCAUCCUCGAUACCUAAUGAUGCUGAUAGCGAGGACGAAGAGGAUGAGGUUGAGAAGCUGAUUCAGUGGGCUAAGGAUGCCGCUCGACUCGAUCCUUCGCCUCCAUCUGAGGAAGGCGAUGAAGAAGAGGAGUUCACUAGUUCCGAUGAAGAUGUCGACGAUCGGAUAAAAGAGCGUCGGAAAAAGAAGGGCGGAUGAGCGUUGAUUGAAACUGCUAUCUGUUUGUGCAUUAUUGGAUUCACUGAUUUUGUGGCAUUUAGAAACUGGAGAUUCGCAGAUUGGAUAGAUACAAUCCGGAUUUUGGUUGAACUAGAUCGUGAUUCAUGUUGAAGCAAUGGGCUUCAACUCCUUUUUGGUUCAACUGCUUCUCUUGAGCAACGAUUUGUUUCAGAUGGUUGAUCUUCUUCAACCACAUGGACUUCCUCUACAUUAGAAAACAUGACUUCAGAGUAAGACACGUGCCUAUGGUUUCUUCAUAUUCUCCAGUCUACAGAAGUGAUUUAAAACAAAUAUUUGUAUGAAAGUUUGAAAGAAAUGCCAGUUUUUCACAAAAUAUAGACUACAACAGCCUUGAAUCAAACCAAAAGAUAAGAAGGUAAGAGCAAGAUCAUGUAUCAUGUAUCAUGUAUCAUGUAUCAUGUAUCAUCAUUAAUUUCUAUACAUCUGAAGCUUAUCCUUGAAUCAAACCAAAAGAUAAGAGGUACUCUUAACAACAAAA